CCACACACCCACCUUUACAUCUUGCGUCUAAAGUGGCCUUAUUUGGAUGGGCAUUAAUUUCUCUCGAUGCUUAUAAAUGCAUUUAUGUGGGUUGCGGAUCAUUUGUGAUUAAUGGAGGAGGCCAUGAGUAGUGAACAAUCUGCACAGAGUGAGCUGGUAGGAGGAUUAGCGAUAUCCCAACUAGUCGGAAGAGAAGAUCAUGACCGUGAUCGUGGUGGUGCUGAAGAAACUGGCCUGAAAAGGAGGUUGUGGGUCGAAACAAAGAAGCUGUGGCACCUAGUUGGUCCAACCAUCCUCAGCCGCAUUUGCACUGCAACGUUUGCCGUCGUCACCCAAGCCUUUGCUGGCCACCUUGGCGAUGUCGAGCUUGCUUCCAUCUCCAUCGUCAACACCGUUAUUCUUGGCUUCUGUUUCGGACUCGUGACAGGGAUGUCAAGUGCAUUGGAUACAUUAUGUGGGCAGGCUUUCGGGGCUAAGAGCUACCACAUGUUGGGAAUACACCUGCAACGAUCAUGCAUUGUGCUUCUCUUAUGCUGUUGCCUCUUAUUGCCUGUCUACAUUUUCACAACCCCGGUUCUGAAGCUGUUGGGCCAACCCCACGACGUGGCCGUCCAAAGUGGGCUCGUGGCCGUAUGGUCCAUACCACAGCACAUGAGCUUCGCGUUCGUGUUGCCAGCCUUCAAGUUCUUGCAGGCCCAGCUGAAGCCCGGGGUCUUCGCAUGGGUCUCGAUGGGGACCCUCGGGGUUCACGUGGCUAUUAGUUGGCUGUUUAUGUACAAGUUUCGGUUCGGGGUGGUGGGGAUUGCGGUUGCCUUGGAUGUUUCGUGGUGGAUUAUGGUGGUGGGCAUGUUUGGCUACGUUCUCUGCGGCGGUUGUCCGGAGACUUGGACAGGGUUUUCAGUGAAUGCCUUUUCCGGAUUGUGGGACUUUUUCAAACUCUCUGCGGCUUCUGGUGUCAUGAUUUGCUUGGAGAAUUGGUAUUAUAGAAUAUUAGUCCUGAUGACUGGAAAUUUAAAGAACUCCACAUUAGCUUUGGAUGCCCUACUGGUGUGCAUGAAUGUGAAUGCCUGGGAAAUGAUGAUUCCUAUUUCUUUCUUCGCAGCAAUCGGAGUAAGAGUUGCGAACGAGCUAGGAGCAGGAAAUGGAAAGGGAGCAAAAUUUGCAACAAAGGUGUCCGUGGGGCAAUCCCUCUCAAUUGGCAUACUCUUCUCUCUCCUCAUUAUACUCUUCAAUCACAAGCUUGCGAUGAUCUUCUCGUCUAGUCACGAUGUCAUCCAAGCAGUUGGCAAGCUUUCUUACCUCUUGGCCUUGACCAUCCUUUUCAACAGUGUUCAACCCGUUUUAUCUGGGGUAGCCGUGGGUUCUGGUUGGCAAUCAUGGGUGGCUUAUAUAAAUAUAGGCUGCUACUACCUUAUUGGAAUCCCCGUUGGACUUCUUCUUGGGAGAGUCUUUAACUUUGGUGUUAAGGGUAUUUGGGGUGGUAUGAUUUUUGGGACCGCUGUGCAAACAACAAUAUUGGCCAUCAUAACAAUAUUGUGCGAUUGGGAGAAAGAGGCACAAAAAGCUGUUUUGCGGGUGAAGCAUUUGUCGAGUCCUAAUCCAGAUGAUGAUCAAUUAAUUAAUGGGUGAAAAUUAACAACUACUACCACAUUGUCCUCCUGAAAACAAUUUUGUACUAUUUUUAUGGGGGAAUUGCUGUUCAGUGGGGGUUGGAGCAAUUUAUUCCCAAUUCAUGAGACACUUUUUGGGAAUUGUCCAGACAUGGGAAGGAAAAGAAUAAAUCCCAAUACAUGGUGUUGAAGACAAAAA